AUGUCAUCAGAAGAAGACGAGACCAAGAUUCACCAAGAGCUCUUUAUAUAUACUAGUGCAGAAGAGUUAUUUGCGCAACAUAUGGCUGUUAAAUUAAGAACAACACUUGCACCAGCGAAAUGGUGGAUACAAUAUGGAUCAUCAGCACCAACACUUAAGAAGUUUGCUGUGAAGGUGUUGAGUCUUACUCGUAGUUCAUCAGGGUGUGAGCGUAACUGGAGUGUUUUUGAACAUAUCCAUUCGAAAAAAAGAAACUGUCUUGAACGACAAAAACUAAAUGAUUUAGUUUACAUCAAAUAUAAUCGAGCAUUAAGGAGGAGGUAUGAUAUGCGGGAUAUGAUCGACCCGAUCAUCUUGGAAGACUCGCACAUACAUGACCCGUUUGAGUGGUUGGCGAGUGAUGAUGAUGGUCUCGUGUUUGAGGGUGAUGACUUGAGAUGGGAUGUUAUGGCAGAGGCUAUGGGGGUGGAUGAGCCGGUUCAUCUAACUAGAAGAACAACAACACCAGGUGGGAGGCAAGGGGGGAUGCAAGGGGCUGUUGGGGUUGCCGAGUCAAGCUCACAAGGUAGAGCUAGAGCUAGACAACCCCAUUUAGUAAAUGAACCUGAAGAGGAAAAUGAUGCUGGGGUUUAUAAGGAGUUUGUUGAAAUAGAGGGGGAAGAUGAACUCGUAUUUGAGGAGGAUGAGGAUAAUGAUUAG